CUCAUUAAAACUAUAGUUGUUACAGUAUAUCACUGUUUAGUUAUAUACUGUAGUGAUUGGUUAUUGUGUUUUUCACUGAAACACUUUUUUUAAAGACAAAUUUUUAUCUUUGAAUAAACUUAAUUUUUUUAUAAGUAAACCACAGUAGUAAUUAAUUUAUAUAUGGUUAUUUCUUUAUCUAAUCAUUUUAUUUGGCGAUUUCAAAUAGUAUCUAUUAUAACGUUCAUUUGAAUACAGUUCCCCUAUGUUUCCUAUUCAAUUUGUUUGGAAAUGUUACAGUGGCUUUAAUCUUAUUCUUGAAUGUCUGUCACUUUCACUUCAUCUCCGUUCUGUUUUGUUAGAGAAGUGUGGGCCUGAAAAUCUUAUUCCAAUUUGAGUUGAUGUAAUAUAAAAAUAAAUUCUUAUUGGUUCAAGUAACUUAUAUAUGUUUGGUUUAUUUAAAUCAUAUUUUGGAAAAGUAAUUUGUUAUACACACAAAAUAUUUUAAACUUAUCAAUUCCACAACAAAAGAAUAUCCUGAAAGAUUACAAUGUUUAUAUAAAAGUAAAAUAUUUUAAACGUUAUAAGGAAAUUAUAAUAAUAUAAACAAAAUUUUAAUUUAUGAAACCACUUCUCUGACAAAGUUGCAUGUCGACUGACUCGCAUGUUUCUCUCACAGCGCCGACACCCCUACCCAAGAACCCAUGUGUGCCCUCCCCUUGUGGUCAGUAUAGCAUGUGCCGGGCAGUGAAUGGUCACGCCGUCUGCUCGUGCCAGCCUAACUACAUCGGCUCUCCCCCCUCGUGCCGGCCAGAGUGUAUGGUCAGUGCCGACUGUCCCCAGAACAGAGCCUGUAUCAACCAGAAGUGUGCCGACCCGUGUCCUGGCACUUGUGGCCUCAAUGCCAGGUGCCAGGUCGUCAACCACAACCCCAUCUGUAGCUGUGCCCCUGGCUUUACUGGAGACCCUUUUGCUCGAUGUGUUCAACAGAGUAAGCAUGCACUCUCUUUCAUCCUUUUCAUUUUGCAUUUCCAUUUACAGUUUUCUUCCUUUUCUGUUAUUCUUUUAACAAUGUCAAUAAUAAUAAUAAAAAGAAACUUCAAAAAUCGAUUACUUAUUUUUUGUGUUGCUAAACUUACUCUAAAUAGCUAUUAGAAGUUUUAGAAGCUUUUGUUUUCAAAGCAAUGCAUUCUAUGUAGGCUUCAAAUACAAAUAUGUAUACAAUAGAUUACUCAGAUAACUUGAGCCAUUAUUAUCUGAAAUGGUUUUUGCUCAUACAGAAUAAUUAUGUACAAGUUUAAAUGCUUUGACAAUGAAGUCCAUUAGAUCUCAGUUUAAGAAAGAGCCCCAAUUAGAUACAUGUUGAACUGUUAUAGAAUAUAUUGAAUAGAAUAUGAGAAGCCAAAAACUAAAGCGUAAAAAUACCAAAUGUUGGUAAUGUACCUAAGUAUUUAAUUUCUUAUUUCUUAAAUUGAAGUUUUGUAAAACAUUAUGUACACAUCUUUUACACUACUUUAAUUUUAUAAUAGUAUUUUUUCAUUAAUGGUUCUAUUUUUCUGAAGAGAA